CCAAGGUAAUGUGGUAAGGACUGAGCCUACAUGAUAUGCACUCUCAUCUUGCUUGUCUAAACCUGGUGCCUACAUUACCCACAAUGCAACUUGACCACGGAGAAUUUUGGUUGGAGAUUCAGAUGUGCUAUACUUGUAGUGGCUAAUGUAUCCUUGAGCCUCUAGCCUCAAGCAGAGAUGAGGAGCGGGCUACAGAGAUUUGGUUUCUAACACCACAUCCCAGAUUUCUUUCAUUUUCAAACUUGUAGUCUUCAUCCUCCUCUGACCUUGACUCAGGUGACAUCACUUAAGGACAUUGUGUAGCUCCGUGUGGAGCCACAAAAGGCUUCAUGAAACUUUUUUCAAACAUGCAGUAGCUUCCCAAGACCUAUAAAAAGACUUUGAUGUCCUAAAUCUGUUGAGUUCCCUUUUCACAGCCCAAGCAAAAAAUGUGGAACAUCAGGUUCAGUCAUGCAGUUGUACAAAAACAACAACGUGUUGUCUCAGGUCAGUAUUUAAGUGUUAAGGUUUACUUCACCAGCUCCUUUAAACUAUACACUUAAUUCUUUCUGAGUUGAGACUGUUUGCUGCAUGUCUGCGUGAUUAAUAAGUUGUUUGAUUAAAAGGGUGAAGCUUAACAAUUUACAACACAAGCCUGAACAGAAGAGUCACCCAACCAGUCAGAGGUGCUCCAACCUCAGACAGCCACCCUGCAGGAAUGCCAGCUUUGAGAGGUGACAGACGAUUGGCUGAUCCUCUGCAGGCAAAAUAAACCUGCCUCAAAAUCAUCUACGCAGAGUUGGGUGGAGACACUGCAGAGCGAGCUAAAUACUGUGACUAACAUCCACAGACCUGGGUGUGAGGACGGUCUCCUGUAGCACAGCCUUUGCUUCUGUUUUUAAACCUUCCAGCCGAGGAAAGAUGUCCAUCUUCAAGAAGUUUUUCAAGAAUGUCAUCCAUAACAGAGACCCUGAAGAUGACACCGUUACAGUGAAGGGUAAACCGAAGCCUAAGUAUUAUGGGACAGUCUCCCCGUACCCCAACUUCAACGCCAGCAGUGACGCUUCAGUUCUUCAGAGUGCCAUUGAAAGCAAAGGAGUGGAUGAGGAUGUGAUCAUCUCAGUCCUGGUGAAGAGAAGCAACGAGCAGAGGCAGAAGAUCAAAGCCGUUUAUGAAGCGUCCACUGGGGAGAGGCUGGAUGAAGCUCUGAGGGGAGCUCUGCGCUCAGAUUUAGAGGACGUCUCUCUGGCUCUGCUCAUGACACCAGCUCACUUUGAUGCCUACCAGCUCAGGCAAGCCACAAAGGGAUGGGGAACACAUGAGGACAUCCUGGUGGAGAUUCUGGCAACCAGAUCAAACCAAGAGAUUCGAGAGAUCAAGAGGGUCUUCAAAGAAGAGUAUGAAAAGGACCUGGAAGAGGUCAUUCAGGAUGAGACCAGUGGCGACUUCACCACGGCCCUUCUGGCCAUGUUGAAAGCAAACAAAGAUGAGAAUACUGAAGUCGAUUUGGGUCUGGCCCGAAAGGAUGCAGAGAUUCUGUUCGAGGCAGUUGAGAACACUGCAGGAAUCGACGUGUCCGCCUUCAUCAACAUCCUGACCACACGGAGUGGACCACAGCUCUCUAAGACAUUCCAGCAAUACGCCUGCGUCAGUGACAUCACACUACCUAAAGCCCUGAACAUGGAGCUGAAAGGAGACAUCGAAGACUGUCUCAUUGACAUUGUGAAAUGUGCCUGGAACAUACCAGCUUUCUUUGCUGAGAAGCUCCAUCUGGCCAUGAAGGGUCACGGCACAUGUGAGGAUACGCUGACCAGGGUGAUAGUGGGUCGCUCUGAGGUUGACCUGAAGAAGAUUGUGGAGGAAUACAGGGCCAUGUAUGACAUUAGUCUACAGGAACACAUACUGAGAGACACUGAGGAACACUAUCAGAAAGUCCUGCUUGGACUGUGUGGACCCCACUGAAACUCUGUACCACUGUCCUGUAAAACAAAGCUUUGUUGUCCACCAAUCUCUGAUAAGAUCCCUCAUCUUUCUAAAUAAUUUGGAAUAACCUCACCAAACAGUCUUUUUAAGUUGAUGCUCUAAUAAAGCUCUUAUCCCAGCAACAAUAACUUAAGCAUCACAUUCCCUCUUUCUGACAAAAACACAUUUCUAAUGGAGUAUAUUGUGGUAACAAAUUUAAUAUAGUAUAUGGGAAAUUGAUCUAAAGUAUACAGAAAACACAAAAGAUGAAGAAGAUACAAAAGAGGCGGGGUAUAAUUUAUUUUCUGCAAGCUUUAAAGCCAAUAUCUUACCAAAAUGCUUAUGUUUUAACAACGUUUGUUAUAAAGCUAACCAUCAGCCAUUAGGCUAAACAAGAAAUAAAUCUGCUUUGACUGCUUCAGAAGAGUUUGAUGCUACUUUCUCUGUUGACUGUUUCUGUUUUUGUUUCCAUACAUUGUUUUUCUUUUUUUUUUUUUUUUUACAAUGAAUUCACAACUUGGCUCAUUAUAAUAGAGUAUAAGUUUGACAGACAUAUAUAGGCAUAAAACAUGUCCCAUGAGUCUUAGCCACAGAGCAAUUGUCAAAGCCUCAUGGGCACUGUAGUUGGUUAAUGCUACCCAAAUAAAUUGUUUUAAGUUUAAGCUGAGAUGUUCAAAUCAUACUGUCCGAUACAGUGGUGGAUACUUUGAAAGUUCAUUUCCACCAUGAAAAUAAAAACAACAUGAAAAAGUUUAGAAUGAGAAAUAUUAAAAUGUUUGUGUUGAGUCAAAGCUGAGAUGAGAUAAUAAAUCAGACUCUUAUGAGAGAUACUAGGUCAAAAUCUGGACUUAAGUUGCUAAGCCAUAACGAUGAAAGCUUUCUGAAAUGUUGAAUUUGUGAGUAAAAUUUUGAAGUAUCAAGUAAAGAUUUUUAAUUUUUAGUUACAUAUUUUGAGAUGAAGUCAUACUUUUGGGACAGUCAGAAUAACUAAAAAGAUCCAUAUUGUAAGAUGUCAAGUCAAAUAGGCUACAUUAAUGUGUCAGAAUUAAUUGUCUAAUUUUGACUUUUUGACUCAGUCCAAGUAGCCUUCCAUAAUUAAUAUGAUUCUUCAUGAUUUUAUAAUUUUGCCCCCGACGGUACAAAGAGAUAAUACACUGAUUAAUGAAAGCUGGUGAAGCAGAACUCAGCAUGGAAGCUUUUUAUUUACUGUCAUGAAACUGAAAUGAAAAUGAAACUUAAACGUGUACUUAAAAACACAACUCACCUGAUGCAGGUCACUUUCACCA